AUGCCGGAAGAUGAAAGUGUCGAGUCGCUUGGACGGAUUCGUAGCAAUGUCUCUGAUGCUUCAGGAUGGACAAAUGAGACUCACGUCUCGGAUGCCUAUGAAUACCGUCCUGCAAAAGCUGGCCGAGCACUCCUCGUUGCUUUGCUUACAGGAGCAACGUGGUUGCUUUAUACGUUUUUGAACUUUUCAGACAAGGUCCAUGCCGAGACAUGGAGUGCCGGUGCCAUCCUUGAUACUGCCUACGUCCCGCAAAGGGACCACGACAUCAUCAUCAGCAUGUACAAAGAGCCUACCGAGCAUGUUGCAUCCUUAAUAUCGGGACUGAGGGAUAUUCCGGGACUGUCCAAUGCCCAUGUCCUAAUAUAUAUCAAAGACGCGGAAGCAGAUCUGGAAGUUAUUGAACGUGGCACUGGUGCAGAUGAAGUCACAUCUCUACCCAAUCUGGGUAGAGAAGGGGAGACCUAUCUCAACCACAUCGUGAACCGCUGGGAUAACCUCGCUCGGCAAACAUUCUUCCUCCAGGCCGAUGUCCACAAUCCCCGGGAAUUCUGGCCACGUAUCACCGAUUACUUCGACCCGGUCCGAACAGGAAUGUUGAGCCUUGGUUGGUCUGGCAACGUCUGCAAUUGUUAUGAAUGCGGGGACAAGUGGGAUGUGCGUGACCCUACAGGGCUCUUUCCGAAAGUGUAUGGGCAGAUCAACAACAGUACGUCCUGCGACCAAGUCCUCCUGAGCUACAAAGGCCAAUUUGUGGUUUCUGCACAACGAAUUAGAGGUGUAAAGAAAUCGGUGUACGAGGACUUGCGUGACGCUCUUGUCAAUCCGGACAGUUGGGCACACCAGGAGACUUAUCUACAGGGCCGCCCGGAUUCUUUGAAUGCGCCACAGUUCGGUUUCCAGCUGGAAAGAAUGUGGAACCUCCUCUUCCAAUGUUCCGACUUGGAUGUUGCCUUCAAAUGUCCUUCUUUACUGAGUGGCUCGGGAAUUGGAACAGGAAGGAUAGGAGGAAGCAAGGAGGACUGUCAGUGUCUCGAUCCUGCACGUUGA